AUGUAACAAUUUAGGCUUUAGAAGACGAAUAAUUGUUAAAAGAUUUAAAAAAAUUAAUUGAUAAAUAAAAAAUAACUUAAAACUAAUAAUAUAUUAACUUAAAAAAUCAAGAUUCUACAUUUAAAAAAGAAAUCGAGAAUCAUUCAAAUAGUAAUAUCAAUAAGAUGUACAAUAAUCAUUAGACAUUCUCAAAGAAAUAUCAAGUAUUAAUUUAUAAAUCUGAAUUCAUUUAAUAAUUUUCUAAAUGCACAUUACAAAAGGGAUGAGAAUUAUCAAGACUUGAUUCAAAUUAUUAAUAAUGUGGAAGAAUUGAUUAAUUAGGCUAAAGACUAUUAAUGCUAAUCAAAUCUAUUUGAAUAAGCUGUAACUUUAUAUUAAUAGCUUACUAAUAAAAUAUUUUAGUUUUAACAAAAAUUCUAAAAUUAGACUAAAGAUUAAGUUAUUAAACCAGAAUCAAUAAAUGCAUCAUUUUUAAAUCUAUCUAAUGUCUUAAAUGAUUAUACUAUAGAGUAAAUAAUUAUAGAAAUUUUGUAAUAUUUAAUAAUCAGAAAUAGAUUUAUUCAAAGUAACAGAUAGGAAUAAAAAUUUGAGAGUUGAAAGUAUAUUUAUAUCAAUGAAAAAUAGAUGCAAACUUCUUAAAUCAAAUUUCAAUUUAGAUUAAAAAUAAAACAUUAAGAAGCUCUAAUUAAAUUAAAAGACGAAAUUAAUGAAAAAUUAAUUUUUAGGGUAACCACAAAUCAAUAGUAUAAAUGCAAAAUUAUAAUAAUAAGAAAAAGAGAAUAUAAAGUUCAAAGAAUUAUUAGAAUAAAAAACAGAAGAAAUGAUAAAUCUUAAAAAGUAGAAUGAGGAGGAUAAAUUAAACACUAUCAAAAAUUUAGAAAAUAAAAAGUAAAUAUUUAAUUAGAAUUGACUAGAAAAUACAGAAAUUUUAGAAAUAAAUAAAAGAUUGAAUCAAAAGGAAUCAGAAAUUUAAAUAAUUCAAAGACAACUUGAUUACUUUAAUCAAGUAUAUUCUAAAAAAUACUAAUUAUAGAUUUAAUAGUAUCAAAAAUCUUUAUUAUUUUCAAAUACUAACAAGCAUGGUAGUUAUUAAGUAAGUGUAGGUGGAAAAGUUCUUGAAUGUAAUGGGGGUUAUUGUAGUUGUCUUAGCGAUUAAACUAUUCCAAAGACUGUAAAAAUACAAUUUGCAUUCUAAAUGCUUAAUAUUCCUUCUUAUGCUUUUGUAGGAGUUGGAUUUAGAGAUUUGAUCUAAAAAAAUAAUUAUUUCGGUUAUGGAAAUGGUGGGUAUUAAAUUAGUUAAAUCGUAUUAGACAGUAUUUAAUAAGUAGUGAUCGAUAUACUUGUUCUCAUCAUUAGAAUGAAAUAAAUAAUAGACCAUUAUCAAAAUUCUCCUUUGCUACUAAUGAUAUUAUAAUAAUAGAAAUAAGUAUUGAAUUAAAAUACAUUAAAUGGACAAAAUAGAAUAAUGGAUAAUGGAUAAGAAACUGUUGUAACCAUCAAAUCUAUAGUUGGAAUUACCUGGAUAGACUUUAUCAGCUCCUCACUAAAAUAUUUGAUGAGAAAAACGUAUCUUGA